GCCUCUCUCUCCAUUUCAACAACUCUAGCUUAUCUAUAUAUCACCGUGUAAUACACAGAGAGCUAAUUAAAGAUGGUGGUCGAUGUGGAGAGCCGAGCCGCGAGCGUGCCGGGAGGGAAGAUGGUGGCGCGUGCCUGCGAUGCGUGCAUGAAGAGAUCACGUGCUAGUUGGUACUGUCCAGCCGACGACGCUUUCCUAUGCCAAAGCUGCGACUCCUCGAUCCACUCGGCUAACCAUUUAGCAAAACGGCACGAACGCGUCCGGUUACAAUCAUCUUCGUCGACGGAGACGACAGACAAAACGACGUCCGUAUGGUACGAAGGUUUCAGGAGAAAGGCGAGAACGCCUAGGAACAAGGGUUUGGCGUUUGAGAAGUUGUUGCAAAUCGAGGCGAAUGAUCCUCUUGUUCCGGAUCUUGGUGGAGAAGAAGAAGAAGAUGGGUUUUUCUCGUUCUCUUCCGUAGAAGAAAACGAGGAGAGUCUGAAUUGUUGCGUGCCGGUUUUCGAUCCUUUCUCAGACAUGGUGAUUGAUAAUAUCAACGGCUUUUGCUUAGUUCCCGAUGAAGUCAAUAACACUACUACUAAUGGAGAAGAACUCGAGAGGGAAGUCAUGAACGAUGAAGGUUUUAUUGGGUUCUUGCCGUUGGAUAUGGAUCUUGAGGAUCUCACAAUGGACGUGGAGAGGUUACUUGAGGAAGAACAACUUUGCUUGGGACUCAAGGAACCAAACGAUAUUGGAGUCAUCAAAGAAGAGAGUAACGUAGGGUUUGAGAUUGAUUGUAAGGAUUUAAAGAGAGUUAAAGAAGAGGAAGAAGAAGAAGCCAAGUGUGAAAAUGGAGGAUCAAAGGAUAGUGAUGGAGAAGCAUCUAAGGAUGAAGAUAGAAAGACGAGUUUGUUUCUGAGAUUAGAUUAUGAAGCUGUGAUUAGUGCUUGGGAUAAUCAUGGUUCGCCGUGGAAAACCGGAAUCAAAUCAGAGUGCUUGUUGGGAGGGAACACGUGUCCGUCACAUGCUGUGGGUGGGUUCGAGGAGUUGGCGUCGACCGUCGGAUCAGUGACACGUCAGCAAGGGAGAGACGGAGGAGGAUCGGACGGGGAGAGAGAGGCGAGGGUUUUGAGGUACAAGGAGAAACGGAGGACGAGAUUGUUCUCAAAGAAGAUAAGAUACGAGCUCACGCGCCGCCGACUUGCUGCGAAUGCCAUGAGCGGAUACGAGCGGAAGAACACGACGGGGAACUCAAUCACCAUCACCAAGCGGAAGCGAUGUUCAAUUUCGGAACCAUCGGAGAACUUAUACGAGAAAUCGAAUAGGCAGGAGUCAAUAACCCUAAAACCUCACCGUUCUUUUGCGCCGGGAUCCAGCCAGCGUAGUUGUAAACCUGUUAGACCUAGUAAGUCUUCUCGCCGGCGGCGACGGAGAACAAAGGAGAAGAUCUCGAGUUCCGUUGAGCGCGAAUGGGUGUCUUCCGCAAACAAUUUUGAAAAUCUUAAAGAUAAAUUAGUUUUAGUUUCGUACAAUGUACUUGGUGUUGACAAUGCGUCGAACCACAUGGACUUGUAUUACAAUGUUCCGCCGAUGCACUUAGAGUGGAGUAGACGGAAACAUCUCAUAUGCAAGGAGAUUAGUCGCUAUAAUGCAAGCAUCUUAUGUCUUCAGGCAAGUUCCAGGGAGGUUGACCGCUUUGAUGACCUAGAUGGUCUUCUUAAAAAUAGGGGAUUUCAAGGUGUUCAUAAGAGUCGGACUGGAGAAGCGAGUGAUGGUUGUGCUAUUUUCUGGAAAGAGAAACUAUUUAAACUUCUAGACCAUCAACAUAUAGAGUUUGAUAAAUUUGGCAUGCGAAACAAUGUUGCUCAACUUUGUGUUUUUGAGAUGAACUGCGAGGACCCAAAGUCUAAAUUACGUGUGCGAUCAUCAGAGCAAGCAUCUAGUAGUCCUCGAAGGCUAGUGGUUGGGAAUAUACAUGUCCUGUUCAAUCCAAAGCGUGGGGAUAUCAAGCUUGGCCAGGUAAGACUCUUUCUGGAGAAGGCUUACAAGCUAUCACAGGAAUGGGGAAAUAUUCCAGUGGCGAUUGCAGGUGAUCUGAAUAGCACUCCACAGAGUGCAAUCUAUGAUUUCAUAGCUUCAGCUGAUUUGGAUACACAACUUCACGAUCGCAGGCAAAUUUCUGGCCAGGGUGAAGUGGAACCAAAGGAGAGGUCAUUUAGAAACCAUUAUGCAUUUAGUGCUUCAGUAUCCAUCUCUGGAUCACUACCCAAUGAAUGGAGCCAGGAAGAACUACAGCUUGCAACUGGUGGUCAAGCAACCACUCAUGUCCAACAUCAACUGAAGCUUCAUAGCGCAUAUAGUGGAGUUCCUGGUACAUAUAGAACGAGAGAUCAACGCGGUGAACCAUUGGCAACAACGUAUCAUUCCAGGUUUCUAGAAACUGUUGAUUAUAUAUGGCACACCAAGGAACUCGUUCCUGUGAGGGUUCUUGAAACCUUGCCAACUGAUGUAUUGAGAAGAACAGGUGGACUACCUAGUGAGAAAUGGGGAAGCGAUCAUCUCGCUAUCGCAUGAAACGAGGAAAACAACAAGCCGACAAAAACCCAUGUCUUAAUCUUCCCAUUUCCGGCGCAAGGCCACAUGAUUCCCCUCCUCGACUUCACCCACCGCCUUGCUCUCCGCGGCGCCGCCGCCUUAACCAUAACCGUCUUAGUCACUCCAAAAAACCUUCCUUUUCUCUCUCCACUUCUCUCCGCCGUAAGUAACAUCGAAACACUUAUCCUCCCUUUUCCCUCUCACCCCUCCAUCCCCUCCGGCGUCGAAAACGUUCAAGACUUACCUCCUUCAGGCUUCCCUUUAAUGAUCCACGCGCUUGGUAAGCUCCACGCGCCGCUUCUCUCUUGGAUUACUUCUCACCCUUCUCCUCCAGUAGCCAUCGUCUCUGAUUUCUUCCUUGGUUGGACCAAUAACCUCGGAAUCCCUCGUUUCGACUUCUCUCCUUCAGCUGCUAUCACUUGCUGCAUCCUCAAUACUCUCUGGAUCGAAAUGCCCACCAAGAUCAACGAAGAUGACGAUAACGAGAUCCUCCAGUUUCCGAAGAUCCCGAAUUGUCCAAAGUACCCUUUUAAUCAGAUCUCCUCUCUUUACAGAAGUUACGUUCACGGAGAUCCAGCUUGGGAGUUCAUAAGAGACUCGUUUAGAGAUAACGCGGUGAGUUGGGGACUCGUCGUGAACUCGUUCACCGCCAUGGAAGGUGUUUAUCUCGAGCAUCUUAAGCGAGAGAUGGGCCAUGAUCGUGUAUGGGCCGUUGGCCCAAUUCUUCCGUUAUCUGAGGGUAGCCGUGGUGGCCCGACUUCUGUUUCUGUUGAUCACGUGAUGUCAUGGCUUGACGCACGUGAGGAUGACCACGUGGUGUACGUGUGCUUCGGAAGUCAAGCUGUUUUGACUAAAGAGCAGACUCUUGCGCUCGCCUCUGGGCUUGAGAAAAGCGGCGUCCAUUUCAUAUGGGCCGUGAAGGAGCCCGUUGAGGGAGAUUCACCACGUGGCAACAUCUUGGACGGCUUCGACGAUCGUGUGGCUGGAAGAGGUCUGGUGAUCAGAGGAUGGGCUCCGCAAGUGGCUGUGCUACAUCACCGAGCCGUUGGCGCGUUUUUAACGCACUGUGGUUGGAACUCUGUGAUUGAGGCGGUUGUUGCCGGCGUUUUGAUGCUGACGUGGCCGAUGAGAGCUGACCAAUACACAGACGCGUCGCUGGUGGUCGACGAGUUGAAAGUGGGCGUGCGUGCUUGCGAAGGACCUGACACGGUGCCUGACCCGGACGAGUUAGCCCGAGUUUACGCUGAUUCUGUGACCGGAAAACAAACGGAGAGGAUCAAAGCCGUGGAGCUGAGGAAAGCAGCACUGGAUGCGAUUCAAGAACGUGGGAGCUCCGUUAAGGAUUUAGAUGGAUUUAUCCAACAUGUCUUUAAUAAUACCCGACUUUUGUUUUCCUUAUCUUCUUCGAAUCUAGCUUCCCUCUCUCACAUAUCCACACAACCAAAAGAAAUGGCUCUCACCGUGAGCAGCGGUGGCGGAGGCGCUAGAAUCCGCUGCAACGACCUUUCCGAUUCUUCUCGUAAUCCUUUCUCCACCUUCCGACUCGUAAACUUUCCUUCUCCGUCUAGAACCAGUCUUCACGUUGUCUCUGCCGCCAAAAAACCAUCCACACAGACUGGUCGGUUCGACAGCAAGAAACGUCGGACUCUCGUUCCUACGACGACCACGGAACAGUCGGAAGAGGGAAACGGUGGGUACGACGGGGAGAAUCCGGCGUCUGAGAUCGUAAUCAACGACGAAGAUGGAGAUAGAACGGUGGUGAAUACUCGUUUCAGAGGUGAUCCAAAAGACGCGCCGAAAUUUGCGAUUAAGGAUCUUCCAGGGCUUGAACCAGAUCCUUUUGAAGGUGAGAAGUGGGAUGGUCUAGGAUUCUUCGUUCAGUACUUGUGGGCUUUCGGAAUCCUUUUCGCGCUAAUCUCCGGUGGACUUGCGGCGGGGACUUAUAACGAAGGUGCGACGGAUUUCAAAGAGACGCCAGUGUAUAAAGAGGCGAUUCAAUCACGUGACCUUCUUGAUGAAGCAGAGAGUUCAAACUCUGAAGAUGUGUUUGAGUCCAACCCAACAGAAGUGGCGCCUAGUUUGGAAUAGUUUCAGUUCAGUGUUUAGAGAAAGAAUUCGAAAGACUGAAUCUUUUUACAAAGCCAUAUUCCAAGUUGAUCUUAAGCUUGUUGUGUUCAUAAUGUUAUAGAUUCAAAGUUAAAAGAAGAGUAUUGUUCUUCAUUGUUCUGUUUUUCGUUUUCAUUUUUGAACUGCAAACUUCUUUAGGAAUCAUACCAAUAAUCUCUUCUUUUAUAAAUCUAAGGUAAAGUAAUAAAGUUGAUCUUGUUUC